AUGCUGAUAUUCCAGGGUGGUGUCAAACCCUGGAGGAGAAACCUGCUUUAUCUGCUUGUACUAACAUGGCUGUUGGGGACUAUUCAUUCAGAUGAGGAUUAUUAUAAAUUACUGGGUAUUUCCCGGGAAGCGAGCACCCGUGAGAUUCGACAGGCCUUUAAGAAGCUUGCACUUACCAUGCACCCGGACAAAAAUCCAAAUGACGAGACGGCACACGACGAGUUCCUAAAAAUCAACCGAGCCUAUGAGGUGCUAAAGGAUGAAGACCUGAGGAAAAAGUAUGAUAAAUAUGGGGAAAAGGGACUGCAGGACGAACAGCAGGGAGGCCGAUAUGAAAGCUGGAACUACUACAGAUACGAUUUUGGUAUUUAUGAUGACGAUCCAGAAGUCAUUACUCUGGACAGAGGAGACUUUGAUGCAGCAGUAAACUCCGGAGAAGUUUGGUUUGUUAAUUUCUACUUUCCCCGAUGCUCCCACUGCCACGAGCUGGCUCCCACGUGGCGUGAGUUUUCUAAAGAGAUGGAUGGAGUGAUCCGGAUUGGAGCAGUGAAUUGUGGGGACAAUACCAGACUGUGUCGCAGUAAAGGCAUCAGCAGCCACCCGAGCCUGUUCAUCUUCAGAGCCGGCAUGAAUCCAGAGAAGUACUAUGGAGACAGAUCCAAGGCCAGCCUCACCCAGUUUGCAAUGCAGUUUGUGACCACCAAAGUGACCGAGCUGUGGCAAGGAAACAUUUUCACUGAGAUUGAACAAGCUUUCGCCUCUAAAAACGGUUGGCUCAUCACGUUCUGCGCCCACACCGGAGACUGUCUGGAAUCACAGACAAGACAGAAGCUCGCUGGAAUGUUGGACGGUCUGGUAAAGGUGGGCUGGAUUGACUGCACGAUGCACACUGACCUGUGUGAAAGUUUUGAUGUUACAACCAGCACGACGGCUCUGUUUCCCCCCGGCAGCUCUCUGGCACAGAAGGGCAGCGUACUGUUUGUGACGACUCUGGAUGCCAGAGAGAUCUACACACAGGUGCUGCAGCACAUGCCUGAUCUGGAGAUCCUCACCAAGCAGAGCUUCAAGGACAAGUUGGCUCAGCAUCGCUGGCUGGUCAGUUUCAAUUUCGGAGAGAAGAGUGUGGCCUCACACGAGUACAAAAAGCUCAACGCACUUCUCAAAGACUCUCACAUACAGGUUGGGAAGGUGGACUGUACAUCAGAUGCAGAACUAUGUGCCUCCCUCUACAUCCAGAAGUCCUGUGUGGCUGUUUUUAAAGGCCUCGGCGUUAAUGACUUUGAGAUCCAUCACGGUAAAGAUGCUCUGUAUAACAUCGUGGCGUUUGCAAAGGAGAGUGUGAGUGCUCACGUUACCACUCUGCGACCAGAGAAUUUCCCCCGGGACGAGAAAGAACCCUGGCUAGUGGACUUCUUCGCUCCUUGGUGUCCACCCUGCCGUGCUCUGCUGCCUGAGCUUAGAAAAGCCUCCAUUCAGCUGCAUGGUCAGAUGAAGUUUGGGACUCUGGACUGCACCAUACAUGAGGGUCUCUGCAACAUGUACAACAUUAACGCCUACCCAACCACUGUCAUCUUCAACAAGUCUAGCAUCCACGAGUACGAAGGGCACCAUUCAGCCGACGGCAUUCUGGAGUUCAUCCAGGACCUGGUGAACCCUGCAGUGGUAACCCUGGACCCUGACUCCUUCCAGCAGCUAGUGAAGAAAAGGAAGCAAACUGAGACGUGGAUGGUGGACUUUUAUGCCCCGUGGUGCGGCCCGUGCCAGGCUCUGCUCCCUGAGUGGCGGAGGAUGGCUAGGCUGCUGAGCGGGAUGAUAAGCGUGGGGACGGUGGACUGUCAGAAGUACCACUCGUUCUGUCAGAGUGAAGGUGUGCGGGCGUAUCCAGAGAUCCGUCUCUACCCCCAGAAUAGCAACCGCCGAGACCAGUACCAUAGCUAUAAUGGCUGGCACAGAGACACCUACUCCCUCAAGACCUGGGGGCUCAGCUCUCUGCCACGUGUCUCGGUGGAUUUGACACCUGAAGACUUUAGGAGGAAGGUUCUGGAAGGGGAGGAACACUGGGUGCUGGACUUCUAUGCCCCAUGGUGUGGCCCAUGUCAGCAGUUUGCCCCAGAGUUCGAAAUCCUCGCUCGGAUGCUAAAAGGUACAGUGAGAGCAGGAAAGGUGGACUGCCAGGCCCACCAUGAGAUGUGUCAGCGUGCUGCAGUGAGGUCUUACCCCACCGUUCGAUUCUACCCCUAUCUGGGCACCACACGGAGAGAACAGGGAGGAGAGCUCAUCAACAGCCAGAUCUCUAACGUCAUCGCUGAUAUCAUCCGUCAGAGACUCCAGCAGCACAACACACAGAACAAACCCAAACUCAAGGAUGAACUUUAACGCUCCAUGUAUUAACUCCAAAUAUCCACCAAAUCUACACACUACACGGGUGCGAAUAGACUGAGAUUUUUAUUAACGGAAGCAGCACCAAAGCAAUUGUGGGUAAAAAAAAGUCGUGCAACCUCAGCUGUAUUUCGGAUGAAAUGGCAGGAUGACGAAAAUCCAGACCUCCACGAUUCCUCCAGGCACCUUCAGUAUAACGUUUACUGAGAGACGUUUGUAAAUAUGUAAAAUGUACUAUUAUAUUAUAAAGUUUUACUGGGACGGUAGGAAUGAUGAACUCACACAGUGUUGUUUUUAGUGGAGGGAACAUGUUCGUGCUGAAGGUUUUUAUUUAAUGCUGCUUUUCUGUACUACAGAUGUUUCUGUGAAGCUCUGUUGUUUAAAUACGAUACGGUUUCUGUGGUAUUAAUGUUAGAAUAAUCAGCUAAGCUUGAUCAACAGACGAGCAUCAGUGGGAUUUGACCUUUUCUCAUAAUUUUCCUACGAUUAUUACUGGACGGACUGUAAUGUAGGAUUCGUCUGGUGCAGUGUUGUGGUUAGUAAGUGUUUCUGAUUGGAAGGUUGGUAACGUUCUCAUUGAUGCUCAUUUAUCAGGUGAUCAUGGACUGCCGUUUUGCACAGAUACAUGGUGUCGAAUAAAUGUUUAACAAAUAAAAUUUCCUGGUUUUGUUUUUGACCAGAUCAGA